GACUUUCAAAACACGACAUUCUAUAAAUUGCCUAUGUUCCUUCAAACUUAAUAUUUACAACACCUAAUCUUUGGUCUUACCAACCGUUUGUUGCAAAGGGAACGUACUUUAAACUCAAAGUAAUAAUAUAGUAUGUACGAAAUUCAGGCACUGGAAAACAUGUGCAACAAAAAUUAGAAUCUCAGCAGUUUCAUUUUUCAUUCGACCAUCCCAUGUCAAUGUUGUCUCCCAAGUCUCUGAUUGAUCGUCGGAUCCGGUCACUAUUCCCAAUUUUAUUGUAUUCAAUUCUAAUCUUAGCAGUUGCAAGGUUAGUUCUAGAUAACUUGAAGAGCAAGCAAAGCCACCUUUCUCGGCUUUAUGGCAUGUCAUCUGGUGGAAGGAAUAGAUUACCGGUCAUCGUGUUGCCGGAGGAACGCAUUGAGGAGGGUUGCAAUGUAUUUGAAGGGAGAUGGGUAUGGGAUAAUGUGUCCUAUCCUUUUUAUGAAGAAGAGAGUUGCGCUUACUUGGUCAAGCAGACCACUUGCAAGAAAAAUGGGAGAUCUGAUUCUUUCUACAAGAAUUGGAGGUGGCAGCCUCAUGGAUGCAAUCUCCCAAGGUUUGAUCCUUUGAAGUUGUUGCACAUGUUGAGGGACAAAAGAAUGAUGUUUAUUGGAGAUUCAUUGCAAAGAGGCCAAUUUGAGUCUAUGAUCUGUUUGGUACAAUCUGUAAUUCCUGAAGGAAAGAAAUCCCUCCAAAGAAUUCCACCUAUGAAGAUAUUUAGAGUUGAGGAGUUUAAUGCAUCGAUUGAAUAUUAUUGGGCUCCAUUCAUCGUAGAAUCAAUUUCGGAUCAUGCAACAAAUCAUACAGUACAUAAACGAAUGGUGAUGCUUGACUCAAUAGCUAAGCAUGGAAAACAUUGGCAAGGAGUGGACAUUUUGGUGUUCGAAAGUUAUGUUUGGUGGAUGCACAACCCUUUCAUCAAUGCUACAUAUGGAUCACCGGACAAAGUUCGAGAAUAUAAUGUGACAACAGCAUACAGGUUGGCGUUGAAAACAUGGGCAAAUUGGUUAGAAUCAAAUAUCCAACCGCUCACUCAAAAUGUGUUUUUCAUGAGUAUGUCUCCAACACAUUUGUGGAGCUGGGAAUGGAAGCCAGGAAGCGAUGAAAACUGCUUCAAUGAAUCAUAUCCAAUCCAAGAAGGUUCAUAUUGGGGUACCGGCUCAAAUCUUGAGAUUAUGAAGAUAUUACAUGAUUCACUACAAGAACUGAAAAUAGAUGUCACGCUGUUGAACAUUACACAGUUAUCAGAGUACAGAAAAGAUGCUCACACAUCAAUUUACGGCGAGCGAAAGGGAAAGCUCUUGACAAAAGAACAGAGAGCUAAUCCAAAAUCUUUUGCUGAUUGCAUUCAUUGGUGUUUGCCUGGAGUCCCUGAUACAUGGAAUGAAAUCUUAUAUGCUUAUCUGUUGAACCAUCAAAACUUUUCUUAACAUCAUGGCUAAUAACCAUUACCUCAGAUGGGGAACACAUUUGUAAUUUUCAUCAGUUCACCAAUUUUGUUUUGUUUUACAACAUCUUUUAGAUUGUAUAACAGA